GUUUUGUGCUGUCGCGAAACACCACUCCAUAUCCGCCGCUGCAACGGUUGGUUGUCUUUCCCCAACAAAACCACGCAGGCGCAGGCACAAGCACACACGAACACACAGAGACACGGACAAUGGCGAUGGUGGAUGCGUCGCUUGAGGUGGAGCAGUUGAUUGACAAGCGGGCUGCCAACCCACACAUCUCGAACGACAACUUUGUGGAGGUGCCGGAGGAUGUGGAGGAGCCCGUGUGGAAGUAUGAGCUGCUCAGGUACUUCACGGUGCAGUUGAGCGAUCUGGCGGUGCAGCUGUCGGAAGAGUGCUCUGCAGACACAUGUCCCGAUAUGCGUGCAUCGGAAGAGUGGCAGUUCCUGUGUGCGUGCCACUCGACGCCUCAGGAGUGCUCCGCCAUCUCCUACAUGAUGCACAACCUCCAGCAAGCCGAGAACACCCUCGCAGGCGAGCGCUUCUUCGAGUCCAGGUUACGCGUGUCCCCGGCUGGCAUGAAGCAAGUUGACACGUACACCCGCCGCCUCUACCGCAUCUUGGCACACGCGUACUUCCAACACCGCUCAUGCUUCGACGCCUUUGAGGCGAAGACGCGGAUUCACGGGCGAUAUCACGCGUUUGCCACGCGCUUCCACCUCAUCUCCAAGGAGCACCUCAUCAUCCCUGCUCCGUGAUCUGUGUGCAUGUGUGUGUGUGCAUGUGUGUGUGUGUGUCUGCAUUCGUGCACCGUAAACCUUGCCUCCUCUCUUCGACACCUCUGUGCGUGUGGCGUUGCUGUUAUCCCUCAACAUUCGUGUUGCUGUUGCUGGCUGUACCAGCAACACCCGCUCCUUGGACUUCUGAUGCAAGCACGAGUACAAUCAUCUCAACCUC